AUGCCAUUAUUUGAUGGUCUGGGUAGUGGAGCUGAAAAAACCGCCAUCGUCAUCGAUCUAGGAGCGGCAUACACAAAAUGCGGCUUUGCAGGGGAAACGGGGCCCAGGUUCAUCAUUCCGAGCGAGAUCCGCAAGCUGGGACAGCAGCAGGCCACCAAAGUGGUUCAGUACAACAUCAACACAGACGAGCUGUAUGUCAUCCUCAAAGAGUUUAUCCACACCCUGUACUUCAGACAUCUACUGGUGAACCCUCGCGACAGAAGAGUGGUCAUUAUCGAGUCCAUCCUCUGCCCGUCUCACUUUAGGGAGACGCUCACCAAGGUUUUCUUCAAACAGUUUGAGGUGCCCUCUAUUCUUUUUGCACCGAGUCACCUUAUGGCCAUCAUGACGUUAGGUAUCAACUCGGCUCUUGUCAUGGAGUGUGGCCAUACGGAAACGUUGGUGCUGCCUGUAUACGAGUGCACUCUGAUUCUGCCGGCAUGGGAGGCUUUACCUUUGGGCGGAAAAGCCAUCCACAAAGAAUUAGAUGGACUCCUUGUAGAACAGUGCACUGUGGACACCGACACCACUACCGGACAGAGUGUGCCUGCCGUCAUCGGCACCAUUCCGGAGGAGAUUGUGGAGGACAUUAAAGUGAGAACAUGCUUCGUCAGCGACUUGCAAAGAGGCCUCAAACUACAGGCGGCUAAGUUCAACAUAGACGGUUCAGCCGAGCGUCCGACUCCUCCUCCAGAUGUUGACUAUCCUCUGGACGGCCAGAAAAUCCUGCAUAUCAAAGGAUCCAUCCGGGACUCUCUCAUGGAGAUUAUGUUUGAGCAGGACAACGAAGAAAAGAGCGUAGCCUCACUCAUACUCGACGCCCUGGUUAAGUGUCCCAUCGACACACGCAAAGUACUGUCAGAAAACCUAGUGGUGAUUGGUGGCACCCCCAUGCUGCCGGGCUUCCUUCACCGCCUGCUCGCCGAAAUCCGCGUUCUGGCGGAGAAGCCCAAGUACCGGGACGUGCUGGCCAGCAAGAGCUUUCGCGUGCACACGCCGCCCGCUAAGCCCAACUGUACCGCCUGGCUUGGAGGCGCCAUUUUCGGGGCGCUGCAGGACAUCCUCGGGAGCAGGUCGGUGUCCCGCGACUACUACAACCAGAUGGGUCGGAUACCCGACUGGUGCUGCCUUAGUACGCCGCCGCCUGAAUCCCUAUAUGAAGCCGGCAAGACGCCGCCGCCACUCAUGAAGAGGGCUUUCUCCACAGAAAAGUAG